AUGCCCAUGACUUCACUUCUCUUCGCAUUAGCCCUCACACUCAGUGCGCUUCCAGCAGAGGCCGCUCCGAGCUCUUGGACAUCUUGUCGCGACAUACCCUCCCCAAAAGUCCCUGGAGCUAUCGUCAAGUCGAUCACCAGCCGUGUCUAUCGUGAACAUUCAGUCGCCGCCUAUCCUCCAACUUUGCUGCAGGAUAUUUCUCACCUGAAUAUUUGUGAGGUUAACGUAACUCUCUCGCACGACGGCGAAGACGACCUGGUUCAUGUUCAGACUUGGCUUCCUCUUGAGAGCUGGAAUUCCCGCUUUCUUGCAGUUGGCGGAGGAGCUUGGGCAGCUGGAUUGGGCAGUACCGACCUUGCACUCCCCGCGUCCCAGGGCUAUGCGGUCUCAUCGACUGACGCUGGUCUAACUGGAACCCCGUUGGACCCCGAGCCAUGGGCGUUGAAAGCGGAUGGGACGGUGAAUACCAAUCUGCUGGCCAACUUUGCCUCCCGAUCUGUUCAUGACAUGGCUGUCAUCGGCAAAUCAGUCACAGCAGCUUUCUACAACAAGCCGGCAAAGCACAGUUUUUUCAACGGGUGCUCGACUGGUGGCCGGCAGGGACUAGCGGCGGCGCAACGCUAUCCCGAGGAUUUUGAUGGCAUCCUUUCUGGAGCGCCCGCACUCUACUGGACCGAAUACGUUGUGGCCGAAUUGUGGCCGCAAGUUGUGAUGAAAGAGGCAGGCUACUACCUAUCAGCUUGUGAGCGAGAUGCGUUCGUCGAAGCCUCUAUUCAGGCAUGCGAUAAAGCCGAUCAUGUGAGAGACAGUGUUAUAACUGAGCCUCUUAAGUGUCGGUUUGAUCCUUUUACGCUUGUAGGGCGCAAGACUCGAUGCCAUAAAGGGUCGGUCACUAUCAACCGGAAAGCCGCUGCUGUUGUGAGCAGCAUCUGGACUGGGCCUCGAACAUCGACAGGCAGGAAGCUCUGGUAUGGAAUGCUAAGGGGCGCAUCUCUCUCCGACUUGGCUCGCACAAAGGAGGUCAACGGAACAACACGGGGAGAUCCAUUCUUUGUCGCAGAUACCUGGGUACGGGACUUCGUCAAAGCAGACCCUAGCUUUGAUACAUCGCAGAUUGAUACAGCCAGCUUUGAGUCGAUCUUCUACGAAUCUCAGAAGAAGUUUUCCUAUAUCAUGGACUCCGCCAGCCCGGAUCUUCGGCCAUUCCAGCAGGCAGAUGGUAAACUUCUUAUCUGGCACGGCUUGGCGGAUCAGUUGAUUUAUCCUCAGAACAGCAUCCGAUAUGUGGAAGAGGUUAAGUUAGCGUUGAAAGACUCGGGGUCGACUUGCACGAUCGAUGAUUUCCUUCGCCUCUUCCUUGCUCCUGGCGUUGAUCACUGCGGCUACGGCCAGAGCACUGGGGCUGUUCCGACGGAUCCUUUUGGGGCUUUGGUGGCUUGGGUUGAGAAAGGGAAAGCUCCAAAGGCACUGCUUGCCCACACCAAGCCGGAUGCUUCGACCCAAUUCUCUCGCAAAAUUUGCCCUUACCCUUCAGUUGCUGAGUAUGAUGGAAAGGGAGAUCCGGCAUCUGCUAAUAGUUACCACUGUGCCUCGAAGCAUCAUUGA